AUGGAUAUGUUGAAGAGCAUGCAAGCGGAGAUGCAAAAGAGAAACCAAAUGGAUGAUGCUCGUAUACAAAAAGAUGAGGCCCGAGAUAAGGCAAUUCAAACUUUGACCACCCAAAUGGAUAUAACGGGUCAAGAUAGUGAGGAAGAAAAUGAAUCACCUAUUGUUUCUUCUAAAAAAACCGAUUUUGAAAAACCCGAAGCUAGUAAAGAAAAAGAAAAGAUAAAUGAGGGUGAGAGAUCUAGUGAAGUACCAUUUCCCUCGGCUUUAUUGGAUCCGGGUAGAAAAAAAUUUAUUUCAAAACGGGGUCCUCAAAAAGAGGAAAUGUGGGAGGUUUUUAAACAGGUUAAAAUCAAUCUUCCUUUGCUUGAAGCUAUUAAGCAGGUACCUGCUUACGCGAAGUUUUUAAAAGAAUUGUGUACCCAAAAGAGGCAACAAAAAGUGCCUAAAUUGGUUGAUUUGAAGGAGCGGGUAAGCGCGGUUUUAAAAGGAGAUCUUCCUCCUAAGUUACAAGAUCCGGGAACGCCUUUUAUAAAUAUUCAAGUAGGAAAUUUUCAAACUGCGAGGGCGUUAUUGGAUCUUGGAGCCGGAACAACGGUGGUAUUAGCCGAUUUAUCUCAUAAACUUCCUCGGGGGAUUGUACGGGAUGUGAUAGUUAAGGUUGAUGAGUUCUAUUAUCACGUGGACUUUCUUGUGCUAGACUACUCAUCCGCGGACCCAAUUCAACAACAAAAUAUUAUUUUGGGUCGGCCGUUUUUAAACACCGCACAUGCCGUUAUUGAUUGUCGAUAUGGUACGGUCGACAUAACAUUCGGUAAUAGAAAGAUGAGAUUAAACGUUUUUACUAAUGGUACUAAUGUUUAUGAUGAGUGUUUUGUAGCAAACUUCAUAGAUGAAUAUGACCCAAAGGAGUUCGAGGAAGAGAUUUUGGGUUCUUGUGUUCGUGGUGUGUCUUUGCAGGUGCACGCAUGUGAUUUGGAAAAAGAAGAGAAAGAGCAAGAGGCUCUUGCGGUAAAAGAAGGAAGACCGCCAUGGACUCACCAAACGGAUACUCUACCGGUGGAAAUUAAUUCGGGCACAAAGCCUUCCUUGGAAUGUCCACCAAGUGUGGAAUUGAAAGAGCUACCAAAGCAUCUAAAAUAUGUAUUUUUGGGGGACAAUGACACUUUACCGGUGAUCAUUGCUUCUAAUUUGGAGGUAGCUCAAGAGGAGGAGUUGAUACGGGUGUUGAAGGCUCACAAGGCAGCAAUUGAGUGGACAAUAGCUGAUUUAAAGGGUAUUAGUCCUUCCAUUGUAAUGCACAAAAUCAUUACAAGUGAGGAUGCAAAGCCGACACGGGAAACACAAAGAAGGUUAAACCCGAAUCUGAGAGAGGUGGUAAAGAAAGAAGUUAUCAAGUGGUUGGAUGCAGGGAUCAUAUAUCCCGUUUCGGACAGUGCGUGGGAACAAUUGGUGAAGGCUCCUAUCUUGCAGCCACCGGAUUGGUCAAAGCCAUUUGAAAUUAUGUGUGAUGCUAGUGAUACGACCAUUGGAGCGGUUUUGGGUCAAAGAGUUGAUAAGAAGCCGGUGGUAAUUUACUAUGCAAAUCAUAGCGCGGUCCGAUAUCUAAUGGAAAAGAAGGAUGCAAAGCCUCGGUUGAUUCGUUGGGUGCUUUUGUUACAAGAAUUCGAUCUCGAGAUUCGGGACAAGAAAGGGUGUGAAAAUGUUGUUGCGGAUCAUUUGUCCAGAAUCCCGUUGGAAGGUGUUGAUGACCCGAGCGAGAUUAAUGAACGGUUUCCCGAUGAACAAUUGUUAGCCGUUUCAACUUUUGUUGCACCUUGGUACGCCCAUUAUGUGAAUUAUUUGGCUAAGGGUGCAAUUCCGAAUCAUUGGACGAAGAAGAGACGACAACAAUUUCUAAGUCAAGUUAACCAAUAUAUUUGGGAUGAACCGGAUUUGUUCAAAAUUGGACCCGACCAAGUAAUACGAAGAUGCGUUCCCGAAACGGAAGUUUUAGAGAUUUUGACUCAUGCUCAUUCAUCGGCAUGUGGAGGAGUGGGAAGUAUUUCGAAACGGGAUGAAAUGCCGUUACAACCGAUUUUGGUAGUGGAGGUAUUUGACGUUUGGGGGAUAGACUUUAUGGGUCUGUUUCCUAAUUCGAAUGGGUUCUUGUAUAUAUUGGUUGCGGUAGAUUAUGUGACAAAGUGGAUAGAAGCCAUUGCUACAAGGACCCAUGAUCAUUCCGUGGUGUGUAAGUUUGUGCAAUCCAACAUAUUCGCUCGUUUUGGUGUGCCAAGGGUGAUAAUAAGUGAUGGCGGUUCACAUUUCAAAAAUUUUAAUUUUGCAAAAUUGCUUAAAAGAUAUAAUGUGAACCAUCGUGUGGCGACACCGUACCAUCCGCAAACAAGUGGACAAGUUGAAGUGUCCAACCGUGAAAUUAAGGAGAUUCUCAUGAAGACGGUAAGAACGGAUCGAAAAGAUUGGUCAAGUAAACUUGAUGAUGCGUUGUGGGCAUAUCGAACGGCCUACAAAACUCCAAUUGGAACCACCCCUUAUCGGAUGGUGUAUGGGAAGGGGUGUCAUUUACCAAUGGAGUUAGCACAUCGAGCGCAUUGGGCCAUUAAAACUGUUAAUGCGGAUUAUGACGAAGCGGGUCGAACAAGGAAGUUGCAAUUGAAUGAGAUCGAGGAGAUAAGAGAUGAAGCUUAUGAAUGUGCUUCCGCAUACAAAGACAAACUGAAGAAAGUUCAUGAUGCAAAAAUAAGGAAAAAGAACUUCGAAGUGGGUCAAAAGGUGUGGUUGUACAAUUCAAGGUUAAAGAUGUUUGCAGGAAAACUCAAGAGCAAGUGGAUGGGUCCUUACAUCAUCCGAAGAGUGGGAAAAUUUGGUGAUGUUGAUAUAGAAGACGAACAAUCCAAUAAGCAACAAACGGAAAUGGCUAAGACAAAACAACAAGCAGGGAGUAGCAGCGGCGCAUUUGGAUUUGGAGAAUGGACUGACAUGAUGUCAUCCAUCUUUGGACCUCCAGGACCGCGCUACUAUUAA